AUGAGUAAAGGCAUGUUAGAAGACGCUCAUUCGCGUACUGUGGAUGAUGUUAUAAACCACUACAACACUAACAUUGAAACUGGACUGUCAAAAAAGCAAGUUGAGGCUGCUUUAGAGGAAUAUGGAUACAAUGAGCUGCCCCCCGAAGAAAGCAAGCCUCUGUGGCGUUUGGUACUAGAGCAGUUUGAUGACUUAUUGGUCAAGAUACUCUUGCUAGCAGCUGUCAUAUCAUUCGUCUUAGCAUGGUUUGAAGAUAGCGAGGAUGCAACCACUGCAUUCGUCGAACCAGUUGUCAUUAUGCUUAUUUUGAUUGUCAACGCAGUAGUUGGUGUGUGGCAGGAGCGUAAUGCUGAAUCGGCCAUUGAAGCUCUGAAGGAGUACGAGUCGGAUACUGCUAAGGUUAUUCGUCAGGACUACUCGGGUGUACAAAGCUUAAAAGCUCGGGACCUAGUACCUGGUGACAUUGUGGAGGUCUCAGUUGGAGAUCGGGUACCGGCGGAUAUUCGGAUCGCUAAGAUUUUGUCUACAACACUUCUCAUUGAUCAGUCCAUCCUCACUGGUGAAUCGGUUUCGGUUUCAAAGCAUAGUGACGCUAUAUCUCAGUCGCGUGCUGUAAAUCAGGAUAAAAAGAAUAUGUUAUUCAGCGGCACGAACGUAGCUUCAGGAAAAUGCAUAGGAGUUGUUGUCGGGACUGGAUUAUGCACAGAGAUAGGCAAAAUCCGAGAUCAGAUUAUGCACACGGAGCAGGACAAGACUCCUCUUGGACAAAAGAUAGAUGAGUUUGGGACGCAGUUGUCAAAGGUAAUAACAUUUAUAUGUAUUGCUGUAUGGUGCAUCAAUAUUGGUCAUUUUAGUGACCCAGUUCAUGGUGGUUCAUGGUUUAGGGGCGCUGUAUACUAUUUCAAAAUCGCCGUUGCACUGGCUGUAGCAGCUAUUCCAGAGGGUUUACCAGCUGUAAUUACAACUUGUUUGGCUCUAGGAACCCGUCGAAUGGCUCGCAAAAAUGCUAUUGUCCGGUCGUUACCAAGUGUGGAAACUCUCGGUUGCACAACAGUAAUUUGUUCUGACAAAACUGGUACUCUCACAACCAAUCAAAUGACUGUAUGUCGGAUGUUUACUUUUGCUGAUGAUAAUCGAAGCAACGUCAGAAGUGGUGAUAGCUCGCAACUGAAGUUUGACGAAUUUGAAGUUACUGGGUCAAAGUAUGCUCCUGAAGGAAUUGUGCAUCACCAGGGACGAAAAAUAAACUGUUCUGACUAUCCAUGUCUUGUGGAGCUUGCAAAAAUAUGUUCCUUAUGCAAUGACUCGUCUGUGGAGUACAAUGAGUCUCGGCGUGCAUAUGAAAAAGUGGGCGAAGCUACUGAAACUGCAUUGGUCUGCCUGGUUGAAAAAAUGAACGUCACUGGAGUCUGUAAAGCAGGCAUAGCUGAUCGUCAGUUGGCUAUGCUUUGUAACCGGGAUAUUCAGAAAUCUUACGAAAAGAAAUUUACGCUUGAAUUUUCUCGGGAUAGAAAAUCGAUGUCUACGUAUGUUACUCCCCGAAAACAAACAUCUGAUUCCAAUGACAAGCUUUUCGUUAAGGGGGCUCCAGAGUCGAUAUUGGAUCGCUGCACUUAUGUGCGAACGGCAAGUGGCAAAUUGUUACUGACAUCCGGAUUGAAAGAUGAAAUCUUAAGGAAAAUAGCCACUUAUGCUACUGGGCGUGAAACUCUACGUUGUUUGGCCCUAGCAACAAGGGAUGACCCACCUUCGUAUUCACAAUUUGAUCUAAAAGAUCCGAAAAACUUCAAAGAUUAUGAGUCUGAAUUAACUCUCGUGGGUGUUGUUGGAAUGGUUGAUCCACCGCGUUCUGAAGUGGCCAGUAGUAUCCAAGAUUGCAAGAAGGCUGGUAUCCGAGUAAUAGUCAUUACAGGCGAUAACAAGGCAACAGCUGAAGCUAUUUGCCGUCGUAUUGGAUUAUUUGAAGAGAAGGAAGACACGUUAGGAAAAUCUUUUACAGGAAGAGAAUUUGAUGAUCUCAACUUGGAACAGAAAAGAGAAGCAGUUAGAAAUGGCAAGUUAUUUGCACGUGUUGAACCCGCUCAUAAAAGUCAAAUAGUGCAGUUCUUACAAGAGGAUGGUGAAAUAUCUGCCAUGACUGGAGAUGGUGUUAAUGAUGCCCCUGCUUUGAAGAAGGCUGAAAUCGGGAUCGCAAUGGGGGGUGGUACAGCUGUAGCUAAAUCUGCUUCUGACAUGGUUUUAGCUGAUGAUAACUUCAGCACAAUUGUUGCAGCAGUUGAAGAAGGCCGUGCUAUUUAUGAUAAUAUGAAGCAGUUCAUUCGUUAUUUAAUUUCAUCAAAUAUCGGUGAAGUUGUUUGUAUCUUCUUGACGGCCGCUCUCGGAAUGCCAGAAGCUUUAAUUCCAGUACAACUGCUUUGGGUUAAUUUGGUAACUGAUGGGUUACCUGCUACAGCUUUGGGCUUUAAUCCCCCCGACGUUGACAUCAUGCAAAAACCACCUCGUAAAAGCAAAGAACCAUUAAUUUCUGGAUGGCUGUUCUUCCGCUACAUGUUAAUUGGGAUCUACGUUGGAUGCGCUACUGUCGGCGCAGCAGCCUGGUGGUUCAUGUUUUAUGAAGGUGGUCCUAAAGUGAACUACUAUCAACUAACGCAUCAUUUACAAUGUCCUUUGGAACCUUCACUGUUUCAAGGAGUUAUUGCAGCGUGUUUUCCAGUCCUAAACCAAUGA